AUGGGCCAAUGCUGCACAACCGGAGCCGGGCAGGCUGCCGCUGCCGACGCGGCGGAGGAGGCUGGCCCACCGGCGCCACCAAAGUCGCCGCGCGGGGACAACGCGUCAACCAACGACGCCCCGGCGGCCACUCCUGCCGGCACCAAUGCGGCUGCCGAUGCCAACGCCAGUGCCAAGGCGCCGUCGGUCCCCGUGGGCGAGGUGCUGGGGCGGCCCAUGGAGGACGUGCGCGCAACGUACACCAUCGGCGAGGAGCUCGGGCGCGGCCAGUUCGGCGUCACCUACCUGUGCACCAACACGGGGACGGGGGAGAAGCUGGCGUGCAAGACGAUCGCGAAGCGGAAGCUGUCGGGGAAGGAGGACGUGGAGGACGUCCGUCGCGAGGUGGAGAUCAUGCACCACCUCUCCGGCCAGCCCAACAUCGUGGACCUCCGCGGCGCCUACGAGGACAAGCACAACGUGCACCUCGUCAUGGAGCUCUGCGCCGGCGGGGAGCUCUUCGACCGGAUCAUCGCCAAGGGCCACUACACGGAGCGCGCCGCGGCGUCGCUGCUCCGCUCCGUCGUCGGCACCGUGCAGACGUUCCACUCCAUGGGGGUGAUGCACCGGGACCUCAAGCCGGAGAACUUCCUCAUGCUCAACAGGGACGAGUCGUCGCCGAUCAAGGCCACCGACUUCGGCCUCUCCGUCUUCUUCAAGGAAGGCGACGUGUUCAAGGACAUCGUCGGCAGCGCCUACUACAUCGCGCCGGAGGUGCUCAAGCGCAAGUACGGCCACGAGGCUGACGUGUGGAGCAUGGGCGUCAUGCUCUACAUCUUCCUCUCCGGCGUCCCUCCCUUCUGGGCGGAGAACGAGAACGCCAUCUUCACCGCCAUCCUCCGGGGCGAGAUCGACUUCGUCAGCGAUCCCUGGCCCAACAUCUCCGACGGGGCCAAGGAUCUCGUCAGGAAGAUGCUCCAUAUCAAUCCCAAGGAGAGGCUCACGGCCAUCCAAGUCCUCAAUCACCCAUGGAUCAAGGAAGACGGAGAAGCGCCCGAUACACCCCUCGACAACGUCGUUCUCGACAGGAUGAAGCAAUUCGUGGCCAUGAACCAGUUCAAGAAAGCUGCGCUGAGGGUCAUAGCCGGGUGCCUGUCAGAGGAAGAGAUCAAGGGGCUCAAGGAGAUGUUCAAGAACAUUGACAAGGACAACAGCGGCACGAUCACGCUCGAAGAGCUCAAGAACGGGCUUGCCAAGCAGGGCACCAAGCUCUCAGACAAUGAAAUUCAGCAACUGAUGAAAGCUGCCGAUGCCGAUGGCAAUGGGUUGAUCGACUACGAGGAGUUCGUCACCGCAACGGUGCACAUGAACAGAAUGGACAGGGAGGAGCACCUCUACACUGCAUUCCAGUACUUUGACAAGGACAACAGUGGGUACAUUACGAAAGAGGAGCUGGAGCAAGCCUUGCAGGAGCAAAAGCUGUAUGACGCUGAGGAGUUCAAAGAAGUCAUCUCUGAAGCCGAUGCCGACAAUGACGGGAGGAUAGAUUAUUCAGAGUUCGUGGCGAUGAUGAGGAAAGGAACAGGUGGCGCGGAGCCAUCGAACCCAAAGAAGAGGAGAGACUUAGUCCUAGAGUGA